AUGGCUUCCAGUCCAGAAAGGCAGUCAGAUGCUCAACACCGGCCUCUUCAUCCUCCGGACAGAGCCAACGGGAGUCCCAUCUCCGAGCGCAUCAUUGCACCGGAUAACAUAGCCCAUCAACUCGAGAGGCCUGUCGAAUCGACUCCUGCAGCCGAGAUGGAGCUGUCGCAUUACCUCCACUACGAAGACAACGCAUGUUUCUUUGCCCCGAGUUGGCUCGAUCACCGUCGGGGUGCUCGGAUUCAGGGUGCUGGUAGUAGUUGA